AUGGCAAAAAAGAAGAAUCCGCAGGUUUAUAUGGAUGUAUGCAUUGAUGGAGAUCCAGCUGAAACAAUGGUUUUUGAGCUUUUCCCUGAAGUCGCUCCCUACACAGCAGAGAAUUUCCGUGCACUAUGCACAGGAGAGAAAGGCAUUGGACCCAGAAGUGGAAAACCUUUGCAUUACAGAGGAUCUUUUUUCCAUAGAAUACUGAAAGGUGCCUCAGCACAGGCUGGAGAUUUUGUGAAUCGAGAUGGUACUGCUGGGGAAAGUAUAUAUGCUGGAAAAUUUCCAGAUGAGUCACCGAAACUAAGGCAUGAGGAGCCUGGUCUUUUAUCGAUGGCUGUUGCUGAACGUAACAAGCUGGGAUCACACUUUCAUAUUACCUUCAGGCCAAAUCAGCAGCUUGAUAGGAGUAAUGUCGUUUUCGGAAAGCUCAUUCAAGGGAAAGAGGUACUAAAAAAAAUUGAACGUCUGGGUGAUGAGGAAGGCAAACCUACUGUAAGCGUGAAGAUUAUCCGCUGUGGAGAAUAUUCUGGAGACAAGAAAAUAAUUAGCAUUGAUGGUCGAAAAAGUGGAAAGCACAAGAAAUCUUCAAGAGAGAGAAGAAAGAAGAGGCGAAGACACUCUUCAUCCGAGUCUGAAAGCUCUUCCGAUUCUGAAACAGAUUCCUCAGAAUCUGAUAGUGAGUCAGAUUCCGAUUUGUCUUCUUCUGACCUUAGUUCCUCGAGCCAUGAGAGGCGGAAGAAGAGAAAGCGAAGUUCAAAGAAAGAUAAGCAUAAACGGUCUAAACGGAGAGACAAGCGCCAUGAGAAAAAGCGGACGGUGCAUGAUAAGAGGUCGAAACGCAAAUCAAGAAGGUCCCCAGAUAGUCUUACAGGUGAUGAAGGCAAUAGUGGAAGUGAAGCAAGUUUUAGUGAUGCCCAUGCUGAUAUUGGAGCAAGAAGAAAGAAACCCAGAGUCUCGAGUAGAACAGGUAACUCUCAACCAGAGGUGGUAAAAGAAGCUGAAUCACUUCACCAGGACAAAAGGGAGGGACCAGAUUUGCUUGACAAGGAUGACGGUGCAUCAGAUCACAUUUCUGAUAGGCAACCUGAUAUUGUGGAUGAUCAUUCUGGAAAAUCUAGGAGCCGUAGCUUGAGUCCUAAGAGGAAAGCAAGUAAGAGCAUGAGUGUUAGUCCCCGGAGGAGUCGAAGUAAGAGCCAGAGUUUAAGUCCUAGACGGAAUGUGUGCAGAAUUCCUGCUAAAGGUAGCCGCCAAGUGAAGAACUUGACAAACAAUAGAAGCAAAAGCCCAGAGAGUGAAGAGAAGGGCAGGCGUAGUAGGAGGAGCCCUACCAAAAGUGUUAGUAGAAGUCCGGUGCGCAUGAAAAGGGGAAGAGAUACUAAUAGAGGUCCUUCAAGGAGUAUAAGCAGAAGUCCAUUGAGGAACGCUAAAAGGAGUAUUAGCAGAAGUCCAGUGAGAGUUAGGAAAGCCAGAAGCCCUAGCAGGAGCCCUGUGAGAAGUCUUGGGAGAGGCCCACGUAGAAGAUCAUCAAGAAGAUCACCUAGCAGAACUCCAGUUCGAUUAUCAAGAAGAAGCUUGAGCCGGAGUCCCAUUCGAUCAGCUACGAGAUCAGUGAGCAGGAGUCCAAUCAGAUUAUCUAGGAAGAGUGUGAGCAGGAGUCCAGUCCGAUCAUCCAGGAGAAGUAUUAGCGGGAGUCCAGUCCGAUCAUCGAGGAAAGGUGUGAGCAGGAGUCCAGUCCGAUCAUCUAGGAAGAGUGUGAGCAGGAGUCCAGUCCGAUCAUCUAGGAAGAGUGUGAGCAGGAGUCCUGUUCGAUCAUCCAAGAGAAGUAUCAGCAGGAGUCCUGUUAGAGGAAGGAGAAGAAGAGUUAGUAGAAGUCCAGUUCAAGCGAGGAGGAGAAGUCCGCGGCCUAGAUCUCCUCUUCGUGAUCUCAGACGAAGUUUGUCAAGAAGUGCUUCUCCUGAUGGACGCAUCAGGAGAGGGAGAGGAUUUAGCCAGAGAUUCUCAUACGCCCGUAGAUACAGAACCUCUCCGUCUCCGGAUCGAUCUCCUUACCGCUUUAGUGAUAGGGGUGACCGUGACAGAUUCCGAGGUCACAGAAGGUACUCGCCAAGACGGUUUAGAAGCCCACCUCCAAGGUUUAGAAGAAGAAGCCGGUCUAUAUCGCCUGGUCCGCGUUAUCGCAGGAGGCGGUUCAGUCCCAGCCGGAGCCCUAUCCGUAGCCGUUCACCAUAUAGAAAGAGAAGGUCACCAUCCGCUAGCCACAGCUCGAGUCCAUCGAAAUCAAGAUCCGGAUCAAGGUCAAGAUCAAACUCAAAAUCUCCCAUUGGGACAAGGAAAGCAAAAUCGGUGUCAAGAUCACAAUCCAAGGCAAGGUCUCCAUCGAAGUCGAGUUCGUCGUCCUCGGAUGGUAGCUCAGGUGGGAAGAAGGGAUUAGUAGCCUAUGAUUAA